AAUAGAGAGUUGCAUCGCUUGCUAGUUCAGUUUGAGGUUGUGGUUUCUGCGAAUAACAAUGAAGUCUUUGCUCUUUGUUGUACUUCUCUUGUUGGUGGCUCUCGUCCGUGCUCAGCCAGAAGAUAUCGAUUCGGGCAUCAACAAAAUUAAUAGAGAUUUCGAUGAGUUUGAAGAUGCUGACGCUCAGAUAUCUGCUGAACAUUUAGAAGGGCCUGCCGACAACGACGACGACGACGACGAAGACGAUGAUGAAAAUGAUGAUGAUGAUGAUGAAAAUGACGAGGACGAAACCCGUCCUACAACCGGCUACUGGCCUACAAAGAGACGCUGGCUCGGGAAAAAGUGUAUGCUAAAGGCAAAAAAGUGUUUCGUGAAUGCUACUGAUUGUGAAGAGUAUCUUGCCUGUUACGAAAACAAGACCACAUGUAUGGAGGCCGAGAAAAAAAAGCAGAAUCCGUCCAUUACAAAGACACCAUCUAAAAUGAUUUGUAAAACUAUGUUCAACAAAUGCAUGGAACGUGCAGGGAACGAUUGCUUUAAGAAAUUCAUGUGCUACAGAAGGAAAGGCUUUUGCUACCGUAAACGAAAACAAGGUCACCGAAAACCUUCCCGCCAUCAUCACCGUAGACCUCACGGCCGACAUCGACGUCCAACCAUGAACCCAGAAAUGUUUAAGUGCAAGAUGCAAUGGAAAGGGUGUUUCAAGAACGCCAACAGCUGCAGCGAAAGACUUCAAUGCAUAUACGACUUCCAUGACUGCAUGAAUCGCUCUCGUCCUACCGGUCCACCUCCAACAAUGAACCCUGAUGAAGAUGAAGAGAACAUGAACGAAUACUCACGCAGAUGGAACCUCAAACUCAUGGCCAAAUGUAAAAAGGAAUUGAAAGAAUGCACUGAAAAUGCUUCCAGCUGUCCAUUGAAGUUGAGGUGCUUUUGGCGAAUGAAGAUGUGCUUCAAGUCACACCAUAAACGUCCCCAUGGUUACAAGAACAAGAUGAAAAUGUCAAUAACCAAAAUCAAAAACCCGUACUAUAAAAAAUUUGGCGGCCAGCAAAACAGAGGAAAGGAUAGCCGCUAAGUGGGGAAAGAAAAGCUACGAAAGGGUUUUCAAACCAAAUCACUAAAAAGAAAUUAAAGAACAACAUUAAAAAGUGAUCAAAGAAUCUUGAAUAGAAUUCAAAUAAAACACUUUAGGAUUUC